AUGGUCAAAACAAGUGUGCUGAAAAACUAUGGCUUCGAAGUCGUUCUAAAAGACAUGAUCAACGACCUUCUUGUACUUGAAUCGCCUCAGGGUAUCACCAUUAACACUUCAUCAGAAAGCUGGAAUUCUGUCACUGUUCUAUUUACAUUUAUACUAUUUACAUUCACAGCUAACCUUAUCACGGAUGAAAUUCUUAAAUACCUUGAUGGCGGUGACUUGACAGAAUUAGGCAUAUUGGAGAUGGGCCCUCGUAAGAUCAUCCUCAAUGUUAUUUCUAAAAUAACAGCACAACAAGAGCGUGAGAUCCCAAAAGAGAACGAAAAUUCGGAACAUGAAAAGACCAUACAAUCUAUUCUGGCCGACGAACCAAAACUCCAAAGAAUGCUAAAGCUUCUCACCGCUGGUUCCAUUCCUGCCACUAACGAGCUGUUGAAAAUGAAUAGAGUUCUCACAAAAUUCUAUUUCGAGCGGAUGAUUCUGGAAGAGAAAAGAUAUCCGUCAUGGGGUGAGAAGCAAGAAUUGGCAAUCAAGAUUAUCGAAGCCUUUCCACAGCUGGAAAAAACACGAGUGAGUGCUAAUGCUCCAAGAGAGUCGUAUUUCUUCUGGCGAAACAAAGGCCUUGGAAAAGGGCCACAUUCCGGAAUCAUUGAAACACGCGUGAGCAAUAUGCGUAAAGAUUUACCCUCGGAAGAACGACUUUUCCAAAGGCCAAAGCAAACGAUCAUAGUGUUGCCGGACGGAAUUCAGGAGCUUGCAUCCUACGUGGCAACAUUGACUCCGUCUUUGCAGAACGUCAGGGAGAUAUCUGAAAAAAUGUCACAAUGCACGAUCUUGCACCAAUGGCUACUUAGAGAAACAGAUGUCACUAACUCCUUGAUAAAAACCUUUCCACACUUUCUUGCAUAUAAUGGACUCAUGGUCCAACAAGCCUUCGAACGGCUUCAUCCAAAUGCAAUCAAGGAUUGUAGCACAGACAAACAGACUAUGGAUUCAUUUAUGCAGCUUGGAAUUCUUAUGGAAAAAAACGAAUGGAACGUGGUAGAAGACGUCGAUACUGGCCUUAACAUCCGAGGUGCCCUUCGAUUUUUGAAGAAGUUGACACAUUGUGGCAUCAAGCGGAAAAUGGAAGAAGAUAUGACCAUCGAAGAAUUCUUAGCCACACCGCUGAUUCGGUGGGUGAAAGUUGAAAACACAACGAACCUGAUCGCUACACGUAAUCAUGUGCAUACUCAUCCUGAUUUGCCUCCUCACAUUGUGUUCUGCGCUGGAACCUUCAAAACAGGCGACGAUUCUGUUGUUUUUGCGGAUCACAUUAUCCCUUGUGGUAACUCAGGUGACGUGGCCAUUGACGUUUUGAUGAAGCUUUUUCCAGUUCUGGGAAUCGACGUGCCGGUCCUGCUCAAAAAGCUGUAUGACCUGAUUGCCAUAAACCUUUGGGAAAUCAAACAAUGUUCCACUAGCACCAAAGUAUCGCAGCUGACUCUACGUUUAAAGGAAUUUAUGAGUGCGAUUCGAUGCGAUUAAUUACUCUCAAUGAGCAAAACUUUUUGUUCAGAAUUAUUUUGUUUACCUUUCAAGAAAACUGUAAUUAAAAUUACUGAAUUAUAUGAGUAAAUAAAACCCCAAAAACUA